AGCAGCCGGGCCCGAUCACCCGCCGCCGCCGCCGCCGCCGCCGCCGUCGCCGCCAGCAGCCGGGCCCGAUCACCCGCCGCCCGAUCACCCGCCGCCGUCUGCGCCACCGGCAUGGCGUUCAGGGGCUUCUGCAGCGCCGAUGGCUCCGACCCGCUCUCGGACUGGAAUGUCACGUGGAAUACCAGCAACCCGGACUUCACCAAGUGCUUCCUCGUGUGGGUGCCUUGUUUUUACCUCUGGGCCUGUUUCCCCUUCUACUUCCUCUAUCUCUCCCGACAUGACCGAGGCUACAUUCAGAUGACACCUCUCAACAAAACCAAAACUGCCUUGGGAUUUUUGCUGUGGAUCGUGUGCUGGGCAGACCUCUUCUACUCUUUCUGGGAAAGAAGUCGGGGCAUAUUCCUGGCCCCAGUGUUUCUGGUCAGCCCAACUCUCUUGGGCAUCACCAUGCUGCUUGCUACCUUUUUAAUUCAGCUGGAGAGGAGGAAGGGAGUUCAGUCUUCAGGUAUCAUGCUCACUUUCUGGCUGGUAGCCCUAGUGUGUGCCCUAGCCAUCCUGAGAUCCAAAAUUAUGACAGCCUUAAAAGAGGCAGCGGUGAGCAGUGAGACUACCCGUGAUGGAGCCGGCUUUCUGCCAUUACGUCCCGGGGGGAGCUGGGAGCCUGCGAUGUCCCUGUGGCUGAGUGGGUUUCUGCCACCUGCUCUCAGAAGGAUGCCCAGGUGGACCUGUUUCGUGACAUCACUUUCUACGUCUACUUUUCCCUCUUACUCAUUCAGCUCGUCUUGUCCUGUUUCUCAGAUCGCUCACGCCUGUUCUCGGAAACUAUCCACGACCCUGUUGAUUGUCCGGGGCUACCGCCAGCCCCUGGAGGGCAGUGACCUCUGGUCUUUAAACAAGGAGGACACGUCGGAACAAGUCGUGCCUGUUUUGGUAAAGAAGUGGAAGAAGGAAUGCGCCAAGACUAGGAAAGAUGAUAUCUCGCCAUGUUGCCCAGGCUGUUCUCAAGCUCCUGAGCUCAAGCAGUCCACCUACCUUGGCCACCCAAAGUGCUGGGAUUACAGGCGUGAGCCACUGUGCCUGACUGGAGCCUCCAUUUUUCAUCCAGAGCAUUUUCUGAGAAUUCAGCAGCCGGUGAAGGUCGUGUACUCCUCCAAGGAUCCUGCCCAGCCGAAAGAGAGUUCCAAGGUGGAUGCGAAUGAGGAGGUGGAGGCUUUGAUUGUCAAGUCCCCACAGAAGGAGUGGAACCCCUCUCUGUUUAAGGUGUUAUACAAGACCUUUGGGCCCUACUUCCUCAUGAGCUUCUUCUUUAAGGCCAUCCACGACCUGAUGAUGUUUUCCGGGCCGCAGAUCUUAAAGUUGCUCAUCAAGUUCGUGAACGACACGAAGGCCCCAGACUGGCAGGGCUACUUCUACACCGUGCUGCUGUUUGUCACUGCCUGCCUGCAGACCCUCGUGCUGCACCAGUACUUCCACAUCUGCUUUGUCAGUGGCAUGAGGAUCAAGACCGCUGUCAUUGGGGCUGUCUAUCGGAAGGCCCUGGUGAUCACCAGUUCAGCCAGAAAAUCCUCCACGGUCGGGGAGAUUGUCAACCUCAUGUCUGUGGACGCUCAGAGGUUCGUGGACUUGGCCACAUACAUCAACAUGAUCUGGUCAGCCCCCCUGCAAGUCAUCGUUGCUCUCUACCUCCUGUGGCUGAACCUGGGCCCCUCCGUCCUGGCUGGAGUGGCGGUGAUGGUCCUCAUGGUGCCCGUCAAUGCUGUGAUGGCGAUGAAGACCAAGACGUAUCAGGUGGCCCACAUGAAGAGCAAAGACAAUCGGAUCAAGCUGAUGAACGAAAUUCUCAAUGGGAUCAAAGUGCUAAAGCUUUAUGCCUGGGAGCUGGCAUUCAAGGACAAGGUGCUGGCCAUCAGGCAGGAGGAGCUGAAGGUGCUGAAGAAGUCUGCCUACCUGUCAGCCGUGGGCACCUUCACCUGGGUCUGCAUGCCCUUCCUGGUGGCCCUGUGCACGUUUGCCGUCUAUGUGACCAUUGACGAGAACAACAUCCUGGAUGCCCAGACAGCCUUCGUGUCUUUGGCCUUGUUCAACAUCCUCCGGUUUCCCCUGAACAUUCUUCCGAUGGUCAUCAGCAGCAUCGUGCAGGAGCUGGAACCUGACAGCAUCGAGCGACGGCCUGUCAAAGACGGCGGGGGCACGAACAGCAUCACCGUGAGGAAUGCCACAUUCACCUGGGCCAGGAGCGACCCACCCACACUGAAUGGCAUCACCUUCUCCAUCCCCGAAGGUGCUUUGGUGGCCGUGGUGGGCCAGGUGGGCUGCGGAAAGUCGUCCCUGCUCUCAGCCCUCUUGGCUGAGAUGGACAAAGUGGAGGGGCACGUGGCUAUCAAGGGCUCCGUGGCCUAUGUGCCACAGCAGGCCUGGAUUCAGAAUGAUUCUCUCCGAGAAAACAUCCUUUUUGGAUGUCAGCUGGAGGAACCAUAUUACAGGUCCGUGAUACAGGCCUGUGCCCUCCUCCCAGACCUGGAAAUCCUGCCCAGCGAGGAUCGGACAGAGAUUGGCGAGAAGGGCGUGAACCUGUCUGGGGGCCAGAAGCAGCGCGUGAGCCUGGCCCGGGCCGUGUACUCCAACGCUGACAUUUACCUCUUCGAUGAUCCCCUCUCAGCAGUGGAUGCCCAUGUGGGAAAACACAUCUUUGAAAAUGUGAUUGGCCCCAAGGGGAUGCUGAAAAACAAGACGCGGAUCUUGGUCACGCAGAGCAUGAGCUACUUGCCGCAGGUGGACGUCAUCAUCGUCAUGAGUGGCGGCAAGAUCUCUGAGAUGGGCUCCUACCAGGAGCUGCUGGCCCGAGACGGCGCCUUCGCGGAGUUCCUGCGUACCUAUGCCAGCACAGAGCAGGAGCAGGACGCAGAGGAGAACGUGACCUUGAGGAACCCUGGGAGCUCAGGAAGGAAGGAGCGCCCAGAAGCAGGGACAGGGAGCUGGUUGGGGAGGACCAGAAAUCAGGUUAUCAAUACUCUGGCUGACCAUCAUCAUCGUGGGACUGACUUUGGUGGAAGUCCUUGGUUAGAUAUCAUUAUUGAAUUUCCGAGAAGUUAUAAAGUUGUCAUUAUCCUCUGGACAGUUUACCUUUGGUUGUCUUUCCUGAAGACUAUCUUCCAGUCUGAAAAUGGACAUGAUGGAUCCACAGAUGUACAGCAGAGAGCUUGGAGGUCCAACCGCCGUAGACAGGAAGGAAAUAAAAUUGGCCGGAAAGACGUCAUUACUCUAUGGAGACAUGUGAAAACAAAAGUUAUGCCUAAAAUCCGUAAGAUGAAGGUGACAACGAAAAUCAACCAUCAUGACAAAAUCAGUGGAAAGAGGAAGACCGCCAAAAAACAGAAAAUGUUUCAACGUGCGCAAGAGUUGCGGCGGCGGGCAGAGGACUACCACAAACGCAAAAUCCCCCCUUCUGCAAGAAAGCCUCUUUGCAACUGGCUGUGGAAGUCAGAUGACUUUGGCCAGACCUGGAUCAUGAUUCAGGAACAUGUCAAGUCCUUUUCUUGGGGAAUUGAUCCCUAUGAGAAACCGAAUACCAUCUACAUUGAACGACAUGAACCCUCUGGCUACUCCACUGUUUUCCGAAGUACAGAUUUCUUCCAGUCCCGGGAAAACCAGGAAGUGAUCUUUGAGGAAGUGAGAGAUUUUCAGCUUCGGGACAAGUACAUGUUUCCUACAAAGGUGGUGCAUCUCUUGGGCAGUGAACAGCAGUCUUCUGUCCAGCUCUGGGUCUCCUUUGGCCGGAAGCCCAUGCGAGCAGCCCAGUUUGUCACAAGACAUCCUAUUAAUGAAUAUUACAUCGCAGAUGCCUCCGAGGACCAGGUGUUUGUGUGUGUCAGCCACAGUAACAACCGCACCAAUUUAUACAUCUCAGAGGCAGAGGGCCUGAAGUUCUCCCUGUCCUUGGAGAACGUGCUCUAUUACAGCCCAGGAGGGGCCGGCAGUGACACCUUGGUGAGGUAUUUUGCAAAUGAGCCAUUUGCUGACUUCCACCGAGUGGAAGGAUUGCAAGGAGUCUACAUUGCUACUCUGAUUAAUGGUUCUAUGAAUGAGGAGAACAUGAGAUCGGUCAUCACCUUUGACAAAGGGGGAACCUGGGAGUUUCUUCAGGCUCCAGCCUUCACGGGAUAUGGAGAGAAAAUCAACUGUGAGCUUUCCCAGGGCUGUUCCCUUCAUCUGGCUCAGCGCCUCAGUCAGCUCCUCAACCUCCAGCUCCGGAGAAUGCCCAUCCUGUCCAAGGAGUCGGCUCCAGGCCUCAUCAUCGCCACUGGCUCAGUGGGAAAGAACUUGGCUAGCAAGACAAACGUGUACAUCUCUAGCAGUGCUGGAGCCAGGUGGCGAGAGGCACUUCCUGGACCUCACUACUACACGUGGGGAGACCACGGCGGAAUCAUCACGGCCAUUGCCCAGGGCAUGGAAACCAACGAGCUAAAAUACAGUACCAAUGAAGGGGAGACCUGGAAAACAUUCAUCUUCUCUGAGAAGCCAGUGUUUGUGUAUGGCCUCCUCACAGAACCUGGGGAGAAGAGCACUGUCUUCACCAUCUUUGGCUCGAACAAAGAGAAUGUCCACAGCUGGCUGAUCCUCCAGGUCAAUGCCACGGAUGCCUUGGGAGUUCCCUGCACAGAGAAUGACUACAAGCUGUGGUCACCAUCUCAUGAGCGGGGGAAUGAGUGUUUGCUGGGACACAAGACUGUUUUCAAACGGAGGACCCCCCAUGCCACAUGCUUCAAUGGAGAGGACUUUGACAGGCCGGUGGUCGUGUCCAACUGCCCCUGCACCCGGGAGGACUAUGAAUGUGACUUCGGUUUCAAGAUGAGUGAAGAUUUGUCAUUAGAGGUUUGUGUUCCAGAUCCGGAAUUUUCUGGAAAGUCAUACUCCCCUCCUGUGCCUUGCCCUGUGGGUUCUACUUACAGGAGAACGAGAGGCUACUGGAAGAUUUCUGGGGACACUUGUAGCAGAGGAGAUGUUGAAGCACGACUGGAAGGAGAGCUGGUCCCCUGUCCCCUGGCAGAAGAGAACGAGUUCAUUCUGUAUGCUGUGAGGAAAUCCAUCUACCGCUAUGAUCUGGCCUCGGGAGCCACCGAGCAGUUGCCUCUCACCGGGCUACGGGCAGCAGUGGCCCUGGACUUUGACUAUGAGCACAACUGUUUGUAUUGGUCCGACCUGGCCUUGGACAUCAUCCAGCGCCUCUGUUUGAAUGGAAGCACAGGGCAAGAGGUGAUCAUCAAUUCUGGCCUGGAGACAGUAGACGCUUUGGCUUUUGAACCCCUCAGCCAGCUGCUUUACUGGGUAGAUGCGGGCUUCAAAAAGAUUGAGGUAGCUAAUCCAGAUGGCGACUUCCGACUCACAAUCGUCAAUUCCUCUGUGCUUGAUCGUCCCAGGGCUCUGGUCCUCGUGCCCCAAGAGGGGAGGGGUAAGGUGAUGUUCUGGACAGACUGGGGAGACCUGAAGCCUGGGAUUUAUCGGAGCAAUAUGGAUGGUUCUGCUGCCUAUCGCCUGGUGUCAGAGGAUGUGAAGUGGCCCAGUGGCAUCUCUGUGGACGACCAGUGGAUUUACUGGACGGAUGCCUACCUGGACUGCAUAGAGCGGAUCACGUUCAGUGGCCAGCAGCGCUCCGUUAUUCUGGACAACCUCCCGCACCCCUAUGCCAUUGCUGUCUUUAAGAAUGAAAUCUACCGGGAUGACUGGUCACAGCUCAGCAUAUUCCGAGCUUCCAGAUACAGUGGGUCCCAGAUGGAGAUUCUGGCAAACCAGCUCACGGGGCUCAUGGACAUGAAGAUUUUCUACAAGGGGAAGAACACUGGAAGCAAUGCCUGUGUGCCCAGGCCAUGCAGCCUGCUGUGCCUGCCCAAGGCCAACAACAGUAGAAGCUGCAGGUGUCCAGAGGGCGUGUCCAGCAGUGUGCUUCCAUCAGGGGACCUGAUGUGUGACUGCCCUCAGGGCUAUCAGCUCAAGAACAAUACCUGUGUCAAAGAAGAGAACACCUGUCUUCGCAACCAGUAUCGCUGCAGCAACGGGAACUGUAUCAACAGCAUUUGGUGGUGUGACUUUGACAACGACUGUGGAGACAUGAGCGAUGAGAGAAACUGCCCUACCACCAUCUGUGACCUGGACACCCAGUUUCGUUGCCAGGAAUCUGGGACUUGUAUCCCACUGUCCUAUAAAUGUGACCUUGAGGAUGACUGUGGAGACAACAGUGAUGAAAGUCAUUGUGAAAUGCACCAGUGCCGGAGUGACGAGUACAAUUGCAGUUCCGGCAUGGGCAUCCGCUCCUCCUGGGUAUGUGACGGGGACAACGACUGCAGGGACUGGUCUGACGAAGCCAACUGUACCGCCAUCUCUCACACCUGUGAGGCCUCCAACUUCCAGUGCCGAAACGGGCACUGCAUCCCCCAGCGGUGGGCGUGUGACGGGGAUACGGACUGCCAGGAUGGUUCCGAUGAGGAUCCAGUCAACUGUGAGAAGAAGUGCAAUGGAUUCCGCUGCCCAAAUGGCACUUGCAUCCCAUCCAGCAAACAUUGUGAUGGUCUGCGUGAUUGCUCUGAUGGCUCUGAUGAACAGCACUGCGAGCCCCUCUGUACACACUUCAUGGACUUUGUGUGUAAGAACCGCCAGCAGUGCCUGUUCCACUCCAUGGUCUGUGACGGAAUCAUCCAGUGCCGUGACGGGUCCGAUGAGGAUGUGGCGUUUGCAGGAUGCUCCCAAGAUCCUGAGUUCCACAAGGUAUGUGAUGAGUUCGGUUUCCAGUGUCAGAAUGGAGUGUGCAUCAGUUUGAUUUGGAAGUGCGACGGGAUGGAUGAUUGUGGCGAUUAUUCUGAUGAAGCCAACUGCGAAAACCCCACAGAAGCCCCAAACUGCUCCCGCUACUUCCAGUUUCGGUGUGAGAAUGGCCACUGCAUCCCCAACAGAUGGAAAUGCGACAGGGAGAACGACUGUGGGGACUGGUCUGAUGAGAAGGAUUGUGGAGAUUCACAUAUUCUUCCCUUCUCGACUCCUGGGCCCUCCACGUGUCUGCCCAAUUACUACCGCUGCAGCAGUGGGACCUGCGUGAUGGACACCUGGGUGUGCGACGGGUACCGAGAUUGUGCAGAUGGCUCUGACGAGGAAGCCUGCCCCUCGCUUGCAAACGUCACUGCUGCCUCCACUCCCACCCAACUUGGGCGAUGUGACCGAUUUGAGUUCGAAUGCCACCAACCGAAGAAGUGUAUUCCCAACUGGAAGCGCUGUGACGGCCACCAAGACUGCCAGGAUGGCCGGGACGAGGCCAAUUGCCCCACACACAGCACCUUGACUUGCAUGAGCAGGGAGUUCCAGUGUGAGGAUGGGGAGGCCUGUAUUGUGCUCUCGGAGCGCUGCGAUGGCUUCCUGGACUGCUCGGAUGAGAGCGAUGAAAAGGCCUGCAGUGAUGAGUUGACUGUGUACAAAGUACAGAAUCUUCAGUGGACAGCUGACUUCUCUGGGGAUGUGACUUUGACCUGGAUGAGGCCCAAAAAAAUGCCCUCUGCUUCUUGUGUAUAUAAUGUCUACUACAGGGUGGUUGGAGAGAGCAUAUGGAAGACUCUGGAGACCCACAGCAAUAAGACAAACACUGUAUUAAAAGUCUUGAAACCAGAUACCACGUAUCAGGUUAAAGUACAGGUUCAGUGUCUCAGCAAGGCACACAACACCAAUGACUUCGUGACCCUGAGGACCCCGGAGGGAUUGCCAGAUGCCCCUCGAAAUCUCCAGCUGUCACUCCCCAGGGAAGCAGAAGGUGUGAUUGUAGGCCACUGGGCUCCUCCCAUCCAUACCCAUGGCCUCAUCCGUGAGUACAUUGUAGAAUACAGCAGGAGUGGUUCCAAGAUGUGGGCCUCCCAGAGGGCUGCUAGUAACUUUACAGAAAUCAAGAACUUAUUGGUCAACACUCUAUACACCGUCAGAGUGGCUGCGGUGACUAGUCGUGGAAUAGGAAACUGGAGCGAUUCUAAAUCCAUUACCACCAUAAAAGGAAAAGUGAUCCCACCACCAGAUAUCCACAUUGACAGCUAUGGUGAAAAUUAUCUAAGCUUCACCCUGACCAUGGAGAGUGAUAUCAAGGUGAAUGGCUAUGUGGUGAACCUUUUCUGGGCAUUUGACACCCACAAGCAAGAGAGGAGAACUUUGAACUUCCGAGGAAGCAUAUUGUCACACAAAGUUGGCAAUCUGACAGCUCAUACAUCCUAUGAGAUUUCUGCCUGGGCCAAGACUGACUUGGGGGAUAGCCCUCUGGCAUUUGAGCAUGUUAUGACCAGAGGGGUUCGCCCAUCUGCACCUAGCCUCAAGGCCAAAGCCAUCAACCAGACUGCAGUGGAAUGUACCUGGACCGGCCCCCGGAAUGUGGUUUGUGGUAUUUUCUAUGCCACGUCCUUUCUUGACCUCUAUCGCAACCCAAAGAGCUUGACUACUUCACUCCACAACAAGACGGUCAUUGUCAGUAAGGAUGAGCAGUAUUUGUUUCUGGUCCGUGUAGUGGUACCCUACCAGGGGCCGUCCUCUGACUACGUUGUAGUGAAGAUGAUCCCGGACAGCAGGCUUCCACCCCGUCACCUGCAUGUGGUUCAUACGGGCAAAACCUCCGUGGUCAUAAAGUGGGAAUCACCGUAUGACUCUCCUGACCAGGACUUGUUGUAUGCAAUUGCAGUCAAAGGUCUCAUAAGAAAGACUGACAGGAGCUACAAAGUAAAAUCCCGUAACAGCACUGUGGAAUACACCCUUAACAAGUUGGAGCCUGGCGGGAAAUACCACAUCAUUGUCCAACUGGGGAACAUGAGCAAAGAUUCCAGCAUAAAAAUUACCACAGUUUCAUUAUCAGCACCUGAUGCCUUAAAAAUCAUAACAGAAAAUGACCAUGUUCUUCUGUUUUGGAAAAGCCUGGCUUUAAAGGAAAAGCAUUUUAAUGAAAGCAGGGGCUAUGAGAUACACAUGUUUGAUAGUGCCAUGAAUAUCACAGCUUACCUUGGGAAUACUACUGACAAUUUCUUUAAAAUUUCCAACCUGAAGAUGGGUCAUAAUUACACGUUCACCGUCCAAGCAAGAUGCCUUUUUGGCAGCCAGAUCUGUGGGGAGCCUGCCAUCCUGCUGUACGAUGAGCUAGGGUCUGGUGCAGAUGCAUCUGCAACGCAGGCUGCCAGAUCUACGGAUGUUGCUGCUGUGGUGGUGCCCAUCUUAUUCCUGAUACUGCUGAGCCUGGGGGUGGGGUUUGCCAUCCUGUACACGAAGCACCGGAGGCUGCAGAGCAGCUUCACCGCCUUCGCCAACAGCCACUACAGCUCCAGGCUGGGGUCCGCAAUCUUCUCCUCUGGGGAUGACCUGGGGGAAGAUGAUGAAGAUGCCCCUAUGACAACUGGAUUUUCAGAUGACGACGUCCCCAUGGUGAUAGCCUGAAAGAGCUUUCCUCACUAGAAACCAAAUGGUGUAAAUAUUUUAUUUGAUAAAGAUAGUUGAUGGUUUAUUUUAAAAGAUGCACUUUGAGUUGCAAUAUGUUAUUUUUAUAUGGGCCAAAAACAAAAAAAAAAAAAAAAAAAGGAAAGAAAGGAAUGAAUAAACUUUGUAGUAAUCAACUGUGAACUUCAAACCAGGUUGAUUUUAGUAACCCAAUUGCUUUGAUUUGACAUUAAUGUAGCCUUACAGGGCUGUGCUUGCUGGGCAUGCUUUUACGUCUGUGAGAUAAUUUCGGUUCAGUAAAUUGGCCAAUCUUUUUAUUUUUCUAAGACACAGAAAUGUAUUUAAUAAAAACCUCGAGAGAGUGAUGGGUGGAACCCCUUCUCCUUGAAAGUGUGUACAGAUAUUCCAUUUUGUUUGGAUAUAGUUUAUAGGAAAGUGUGUGGGUGUAUUAUGGGAGAAGGUUUCUUUAUGUUAUUUUGUUAAUUUAUUGGGACUCUGUGUAAGGCCAGGCUUUAGUGGUCAUUAGACACCACAUGUGUUAUGAGCCCCUUACCCAUAGGGUUGGGGGUGGGAAGAGAAGCAUAUUUUUUUGCCAUUCUGGAAGCAAUCCAUUUUUAUUCACUCGUGUGUCAUGUAAUGGUCUUUGGCAGGAGAGAGCACUGAGUCAUUGCUGGAGUUCAGUUCAACAAAGCUGCAGCUUGGGAAGCCCUGUAAGCCCACAGCUUCCUCUCUUAUAUUAAUUGAUGGAAUUUUACUGUAUGUGCCUCUGUACAAGAUGUAGCUUUGAGAGCUACAAAAUGAUAACACUGCUUUAUUACACACUGGUUUCAUUGUCAUUGCAAAAACUUACCCUGGUUGUGGGGGAGAGUUCUAGAUCUGUGCCAUGAUCCAUACACUGGCUAAUAGAGUACAUAAUUUUUCCAUUUUCCAUUUUUUGUUUUUACUUACUACUGAACGAUCUCAAAUGUAAAAUUAUGUAUUUGGUUUGAGAUGGCCACUUAUUGUCUUUAAAAAUCCAUACUGAUAUAUGCAGUCAUUUUGAAUUGGACAGUGCCUUCUCUUUUUUUUUUUUUUCCUCUUCUUCCAUCUCCCUCACCCAUGCCCCCACCCAAUCUAAAGAGACAGUGCUGUACACUCUCAUAGAGAUAGAGAAGAUCUAAAAAGUUGAGACUACUCAAUUCAGUUAACAACAGCAGGAGCACUAGAGUUUGUUCAUUUAUUCUGUCUGUAAAACAAGCUGUGCUUUUUUUCUUCUGCCUUUAAAAUGCCACCCGUGUAUUCAAACCAUGGCCACUUGAUAGUUAUGUAGAAUCCAUCGUGGGCUGAUGCAAGCCCUUUAGGCUUAGUGUUGUAGGCACCAAUGUCGAGCAUCGUUGUGACUUGUACUGUAUGAUUCUCACUGAAGAAUUUCCUUUCAGCCAAGAAGCAGUGAGGUCUGGGAAUAUUCCAAAGUCAUGUCUCUGAAUAUGUGUCCUUGAUAUGCAAGCUUUGUAAAACCCCAUCCCCCCUUAGGUGCGAGGCAUCACCUUCUCACAAGUGUUUAGUUUCUUUUAACCACAAGUAUCAUUCUUGGGUGAUAAUAUAGUUUCAUUCUACUUAGGGAUUGUUUAGAAAACAAAGAAAGAGCCAAUUAAAUUUUUUAGUUUUUGAAAUUUUUAUUUAUAUGUAUACUUAGAUGAGUAUUUUAAGCUGUCGACCUUUAGUUUGCCAUACGGGUAGGACUGUAUUUCAUUUUAACAACUGGUGGUAAUGAUAAGCCGCCUUCUAGUGUAUUUUCUCUUCUUUCCUGUCACUCUCCUUUUUUAAGUUUUUUUUUUUUUUUAAAGACUGGAAUUUUUUUUGGCUUUAUCUUGUCUUACCGUAGAGAUUCGUUCAAAACUCUAAGCCCUACCACCUCCCCUUUAAUAAGCUCUUUAAAUAGUUGAAUCAUUAACAACCUGGUGGGAGGCAAGUCAUUUAAUUGAACCACUAGGAAGUGUAUUUUCUUUUCUUUUUCUGCCAACUUUUUGGUGGCAUUUGUAAAAGCUGAUAUAAAAGGCUCUGAGAUGUUAUUUUCAGUUAUUCCAUAGGCAAGCCUUUUUACAGAGCAUAUGUCUCCAGUUGGCAGCUUGAGAUAUUUCCCAGCAUCCGGUUCUAGCUACCAGUGCCUCCCAAUGCUUAGUGCACAGUACUGUAGACUGGCCAUCACCCCUCUCCUUGGAAAAUGCCACUGUGCUGUUUGAAAAAAAGCAGCCUUUUAGGGCUAGAGUAUUUUAUAUAAACAGAAGAGCUAAGUUCCUGAAGACUAAGCUAGAUAGCUGCAGCUAUAUGUAAAUUGUAUAUUUUUAUGAACUUUUGAAGCACACACUCCUGUUUCCCUCUGUGUAGCUUUGUGGGGAUUUCAUGUAUAUAUGCUGUCUGAAAGAAUCCAGAGGUUGGAGUGCCAAUAGAAAAUGAAAACAAAUGCCUUGUACUACAGGCAGCCUUUGAAGGUGACCAGAUAACUGUCUUCACUGUGACCAAUCGGAGUCCCUGCUUGCUUGUGAAGAAGGGGCUUUUGUACCUUGUUGGAGAUGCCACCUCAGAAGUUCACACUGUGCAGGAAACAGGUUUUAUUCUCUCCUGGCAUACAUUAGAAUGUCAGAUGCUUGCAUCCAUGUGGACCACGAUGGGCCUCUAAAAAUUGGUGGGCAGGGGGUUUGCUUAUGAGUUUUCUCUGGAAACCGAUUUUACUCCUGGAUGUAUUGAAUGCCCCUUGAGCUUUAUGAGAUACGAGUCCACAUGGAUAAAAUGUUAGAGAGUGGAGUUCUACAGAGGAUUCCAGGAAGAGGCCAUGUCUGUGCAGUCCUAGUUCCAGACAGGUGAGAAGCUCCAGGAACUACUGGCUACCUUGACAAGCUGAGUAAAUAGUUAUCAUUCUGGGUAACUGGUUGAAACUCUGACUUUUGGACAAGUAAUUCCUGGGGUUCUGUCUUUGGUAGCAUCACCAGGGAUAUUUGGGUGGGACAGACAGAAGACACCCAGCUGCCUGUUCUCUCCUGCCCAUCAUGUUUGGCCCACUAGAUGAAGCUGUACUCAGCAAUUUAGGGAAUGUAACCCUUCUCAGAACUGGCCAUUUUCAGGGGAAGCUUGGGAGAGCAAUAGUAUGGUGAGCCCCUUAGAGAUGAGCGCCUACUCCUCCUUGGCAAAUGCUGCCUUCAGAUGCUUACCAAGUGGUCACUGCAUCUAGUAAGAUUAUAUUUCCAGUACACUUCCUUAGGGCAGAAACACCAUCCUGUCAGGUUUGGUCAGUCCCUUCUCCAUGAAGGGAGUCAUGGUGAAUUCCUGAAAAUUUUCUUCCUUCUGCAGACAGUUGGAUGAGUCCCUUAGAGAAGGCAUCCAGAGACAUAACCAAACUGAAUAUCAUCCCAUAUUGAUUUUAGGAAUUGACUCUAAAACUCUGUGCAGAAUCUUGUGUUGGGAUUGUAUCUUGACAUUCCUGUUAUGUUAUUUUUCUUAACUGGAGUGUGUGCUGCCUUUCAGGUACAAUUUUUGUGUAAUAAAAGCCAGUGCAUUAAGUUUAUAUAGACUACUUUCUAUGCAAGACUGAGAUAUGGAAUAGAUAGGAAGAGAUAUGUACUGCUGGGUACAUGGACAGUAAGUGUGUCUUCAGAUGGAGUACCAGCACCGAAAAUGGGUUGAGGGAGGAUGGGUUGUAUGUAUGUUUCUGCCCACUAAUUUUGAGCAGCCAUAUUAUGAAUUAAAUCGUCACAGCCAAGUAAUAACCCAAGAAUGGUAUUAGUUUCAUGUGUAAUAGCUCAAAUGGAAUAAGCAUGAAUGCUGGAGUGGACCAUUAUCCUCAAAUAUUCUAUGUCACUUCUCAUUUAAAGACUCUUGUUAUGAACUAUUAGAAACUUUAGGCAAAAUCAAAAGUAUUUGCGGCAAAAUAAAGGCCUAUUCUACUCUUAUUUAAAGUGAAACACUGUAUACUUGUUUCUCUCCAAAGUGAAAUUAAGUAUUUAGAAUUUCAAUUGCCUCGGUAAGUUUCCAAGUCACUGAAAUCUGCUGAAGGUUUUACUGUAUUGUUGCACAACUUUAAGAUAAUUUUUGUCUCAAUGUCAACUUUUUUCACUGAAUAAAAAUUUAACUGGGUCAAGAAAACACCUCUUUGAAAAUC